AUUGUAUUGAUUUGAAUUUGAUGGGUUGAUAGUGCUAAUACUCGGCGAUUAUGUGUUCGUCAUAUUGCAGCUACUUAAAAUUAUGAUUUUCAGUUACUGUUCCAGUUCCCAUUUAUAAUAUUUUACUUUAAGCUAAUUAAUUGCAAACUGACAAUUUAACUGUAAACAAAUUACAACUUAUUUUGAAGGGUAUACAUUUUUCAACUCAACAAGUUUUAAAUUUAAGAUGUCUUCCAUAACAAAUAGAAUGUGGAGAAAUACUGUAUGUAUGUGGGAGUUGAGCAAAAUAAAAACUGUUCCUACAUUCAGUCGACUAUGUACAACUGCAUCUAUUUCUGAACAGCAAGAAGAUAAAUUAUUAACCAAGGAAAAAGCUCGUACUUUAGUAAUGAAUUUGACAAACGAAGAAAGAGAAAAUUUGGCGUGGUGUUUAAAUCAUUUAGAAUCUGAAGAAAUCAAAGCAGAAUAUCGAGGUCAAUUAGCUGGAUUUCGAUGGCGUUCAAAAUUUGGGCGUCCUAGCAAAGUACCUGGACUUGGAGAUGUAGACCCAACAGGUUCUUACUGUCCGUUACCUGAAGAAUGGAUAUUAAAAAAAUACGAAGAAACUAAUAAUGCGGAAACUGUACCAGAACCAACUAGAGCACAAUUAUUCAGAGUUGGAUUACAAAACGCUAUUCCUUUCAUCAUGUUUGGAUUUUUGGACAAUUCUGUGAUGUUGAUAUGUGGUGAAUCAAUUGAAAGGACAGUCGGUGCUGUAAUUACAAUAUCAACAAUGGCUGCAGCUGCAAUAGGCAAUACGUUUUCUGAUAUUCUGGGAAUUGGUUCUUCUUAUUAUGUGGAACAACUGGUGAUAAGACUUGGUUUAAAGCCUCCCAAUCUUACUCCUAUUCAGUUGGAUAUGACUUGCAGUAGACGAGCUGCUAAUUUAGGGAGAACGCUUGGAGUAACACUAGGUUGCUUCCUGGGAAUGUUUCCAUUGCUAUUCAAAAAAGACGUCGACGAAGAAUCUGAAGACGAAGAUAAUAAAUAAAAAGUUAAUUUAAUUAAAAAAAAA